AUGGCCGGCCUCCAAGCUGACAGGGACAUCGUCGCCGGCCUCGCCGAGGCCGAGCACGACGAGUUCGAGCACAAGAAGCUCGCCGCCCACUCCUCCGACGACCACUCGGACGAGAUCGACACCGUGCACGACGGCCUCGAGUUCCCCACCGAGGAGGAGAAACUCACCCUCCGCCGCGUCUCCGACACCCUCCCCUGGAGCGCAUAUCUGAUCGCGACGUGCGAGCUCGCCGAGCGCUUCUCUUACUACGGCUGCACCGUCGUUUACACCAACUUCCUCCAGCAACCCCUCCCCAAGGGCUCCACCACUGGCGCGAGCCUGGACCAGGCCGGCGCCCUCGGUCUUGGCCAGCGCGCGUCUACCGGCAUCAUCACCUUCAACAAUUUCUGGGCCUAUGUCAUUCCUCUAUUCGGCGCCUACGUCGCCGACACCUACUGGGGUCGCUACAAGACCAUCUGCGUCGCCGUUGCGGUCGCACUCGUCGGCCACGUCCUCCUUAUCGUCUCUGCUGUCCCUGGCGUCAUCAGCCACCCGCACAACGCGCUAGGAUGCUUCAUGAUCGCCAUCAUCAUCAUAGGUAUCGGCACCGGCAGCUUCAAGUCCAACGUCUCCCCGCUCGUCGCCGAACAGUACAAGCGCACCAAGCUCUUUAUCGGCCACACCAAGUCCGGCGAGCGUGUCAUUGUGGACCCCAUCAUGACCGUCUCCCGUAUCUACAUGUACUUCUACAUGUUCAUCAACAUCGGCGCCCUCGUCGGUCAGAUCUCCAUGGUCUACGCCGAAAAGUACGUCGGCUUCUGGCUCGCGUUCACUCUGCCUACCGUGGUCUUCUUGAUCUCCCCGCUUGUUCUCUUCAUCGGUCGCAACCGCUACGUCACAUCCGCUCCUCAAGGAUCCGUGCUCGGCAAGUCUUUCCGUAUCCUCCGACAGGCUGCGAAAGGCCGCUGGUCGAUCAACCCGGUGAAGACCAUCAAGAACAUGAACGCGGCCGACUUCUGGGAGGGCGCCAAACCGAGCAACUUCACCGGCGAGUCCCGCCCUCGCUGGAUGACGUUCGACGACCAGUGGGUGGACGAAGUCAGGCGUGGCUUCAAGGCCAGCAGCGUCUUCUGCUGGAUCCCGAUCUACUGGCUCACCUACAACCAGCUGAACAACAACCUGACCUCGCAGGCCGCGGCGAUGAACACCCACGGGCUCCCGAACGACAUCCUCUCCAACCUGGACCCCUUCGCGCUCCUGAUCUUCAUCCCCGUCUGCGACCAGCUCCUCUACCCCGCGCUCCGCCGCGCCGGCAUCAACCUCACCCCGCUCAAGAAGAUCACCCUCGGCUUCUUCCUCGGCUCCGGCGCGAUGGUCUGGGCCGCCGUCGUGCAGCACUACAUCUACAAGACCUCGCCCUGCGGGUACGCGGCCGCGACGUGCACGGACGCGGACGGGAACCCGCUCACGUCCCCGCUCAACGUCUGGAUCCAGACCGGCGCGUACGUGCUCAUCGCGCUCUCCGAGAUCUUCACCUCGAUCACCGGGCUCGAGUACGCGUUCACGAAGGCGCCGAAGAACAUGCGCUCGCUCGUCGUGGGGGUCUUCUUCUUCAUGUCCGCGCUCUCCGCCGCGCUCGGCGAGGCGUUCGUCGCGCUCUCCGAGGACCCGCUCCUCGUCUGGAACUACGGCGUCAUGGCCGUCCUCGCCUUCCUCGCCGGCACCGGCUUCUGGUUCCAGUACCGCAGCCUCGACGCGGAGGAGGAGGCGCUGAACCACCUGGGGGAGAAGCCCGCCGCGCCGGAGAAGGAGAAGCACUGA